UUCCCCCAUCAGGAGAAUGUGGCGAUUGAGGCGGAAGGGGGUGGGGCUUUGUGCUUGUUGGGGUAGAGUUUAUGCGGGCCAAAAAGAGCGGUGGAGCGAGGUUAGUCCGGGCCAGUUAAAAGAAGCGGUGGAGGCGACGGUAGGUUAUGGUCGCCGCUGUUGAGGCAUAUAUUUUAUGAGGGGCCCCUUCCUGCCCCGCCUAUUCCGCGCGUUUGCUGUAAUGGGCCAGAAAGGAAGUGCCGGGUUUCAUAUCUCCUCCAAUUAUCCCUCCUCCCCCCCCCCUCGCUUCCUCAAGCACGUAUCCACGAGGCUCCGCCUUCCCCUGCCGAGCUUUAUAAAGAAGGGACGCCUGCUUCGCUUAAAAGGACGCAAUAGGUUUUUUUUUCCUGGUAUUGUGCGGGAUGGCGAAGUAGAAGCGGCUGACUACUUUGGAGCCUGUGUAUGACUGUCCUUUCUGUAUAUAAUGUGACUGUCAUUUCCCCACGAGUAGGUAUUCGGAACAGUUUAAUGCAGACUGAAUCACCCAUCAAAACAGAAACCUAUAAAAUGGAACAAUUAGAAGAAACGUCUAAAAGAAUUCUGUUGGAGCCAUAUAAUUAUCUACUUCAACUACCAGGUAAACAAGUCAGAACCAAACUCUCUCAAGCUUUUAAUCACUGGUUGAAUGUUCCUGAAGAUAAACUUCAGGUUAUCAUCGAAGUUACAGAAAUGUUGCACAAUGCCAGCUUACUUAUAGAUGACAUAGAAGAUAAUUCAAAGCUUCGACGAGGUUUUCCAGUGGCCCACAGUAUCUAUGGAAUACCAUCUGUAAUAAAUUGUGCAAACUUUGUGUAUUUCCUUGGCUUGGAAAAGGUUUUAACACUUGAUCAUGCAGAUGCUGUAACAGUAUUUACUCGCCAGCUGUUGGAACUCCAUAAAGGCCAGGGCCUGGAUAUUUACUGGAGAGAUACUUACACCUGUCCUACAGAAGCAGAAUAUAAAGCCAUGGUUCUGCAAAAGACAGGUGGCCUUUUUGGACUAGCUGUGGGCCUCAUGCAGUUGUUCUCUGACUACAAAAAAGAUUUAAAACCACUUCUUAACACCCUUGGGCUCUUCUUUCAAAUUAGAGAUGACUAUGCAAACUUGCACUCCAAAGAAUAUAGUGAGAAUAAAAGUUUUUGUGAAGACUUAACAGAAGGAAAAUUCUCAUUUCCUACUAUCCAUGCCAUAUGGUCCAGACCAGAAAGCACACAGGUGCAGAAUAUUCUACGACAGAGGACUGAAAAUGUAGAUGUAAAAAAAUACUGUGUACAUUAUCUUGAGAAUGUGGGUUCCUUUGAAUAUACACGGAAAACAUUAAAAGAACUUGAGUCUGAAGCUUACAGACAGAUUGAAUCUCUUGGGGGAAACCCUGAGCUAGUAGCAUUAGUUGAACAUUUAAGCAAAAUGUUCAAGGAGAAUGAAAACUGACACCAGUUGUUGGGCAUGUUGCUGGAAUCAAAGAAACAAAUGAAACUUGUUUCUGCCAUUGAUGCAUAGGGACAGAUCUCAAAUGUUUUUAGGGAUAAUGGGCUUUUGGCUAUAUACUGGAUUAUCUUUGACUUAUUUUCUGGUGCUCAUAUAAUACUGCAUAGUUACAAAGUUAAAUAUAGGUACCGUCUUACUCUAGCACUUCCAUUUCUUUUUUACUGUGGAUUUAUUUUCAUUUUGACCAAGGCAUGUAUUUAGAAACCAAUUACAAGAGGACAUGGAAGUUUCACCUUCAGUGUUUUAUUAAAUUUGCAUUUUUAUCCAA